CUGAGGUAACGAUUGACUUUACAAAUUUUCUUGUCACGUAUCAUCUCACCAACCCGCGCUUCUCGCGAUGGCAUCAUCAAUCCCUCACAAACCUGGCCUACCAGUGACAAAUUUCCAAGAAUUCUGAGUAUAUAUAUUUUCAGAGUCCUCAACAGAUUUGAAGUCUCACACACUUUUGCCCUUUCACUCAAAAGAUUGCAAGAUUCUCUUCAAGCAAACAAAUAGGGGACAAUGGAGUGCGAAGGAAUUCUCUUGGGGAUGGGUAACCCACUCCUCGACAUUUCUGCUGUCGUCGACCAUGAAUUCUUGAACAAGUACGAUAUCAAGCUGAACAAUGCAAUUCUUGCCGAUGAAAAGCACUUGCCUAUGUAUGAAGAAAUGACAUCUAAGUACAAUGUUGAGUACAUUGCUGGAGGUGCAACGCAGAAUUCAAUCAGGGUUGCUCAGUGGAUGCUUCAAAAACCGGGUGCCACCAGUUUCAUGGGUUGUAUUGGAAAGGACAAGUUUGGGGAAGAGAUGAAGAAAAAUGCAAAAGAAUAUGGUGUUAAGGUUCACUAUUAUGAGCAUGAGACUACGGCAACAGGUACUUGUGCUGUUUGUGUGCUUGAUGGUGAGAGGUCUCUCAUAGCCAACUUGUCUGCUGCAAAUUGCUACAAGUCUGAACAUUUGAAGAGACCUGAAAAUUGGGCUUUGGUUGAGAAGGCCAAGUACUACUACAUUGCUGGAUUCUUCCUUACUGUUUCCCCGGAAUCCAUUAUGCUUGUUGCUGAGCAUGCAGCUGCCAACAACAAGUUGUUCAUGAUGAACCUUUCUGCACCAUUUAUUUGUGAGUUUUUCCGGGAAGUACAAGAGAAGGCAUUGCCGUAUGUGGACUAUAUCUUUGGAAAUGAGACAGAGGCAAGAACCUUUUCUAAAGUUCAUGGUUGGGAGACUGAUAAUGUUGAAGAAAUAGCACUCAAAAUCUCACAGUGGGCUAAGGCAUCAGGAACACACAAGAGGAUCACUGUCAUCACUCAGGGUGCAGAUCCAGUUGUCAUAGCAGAGGACGGGAAAGUGAAGCUGUAUCCUGUGAUAACUUUGCCGAAGGAGAAACUUGUUGACACUAAUGGUGCAGGUGAUGCAUUUGUGGGAGGAUUCAUCUCACAGUUGGUCCAGGAAAAGCCGAUUGCAGAAUGCAUUAGAGCAGGUUGCUAUGCAGCAAACGUUAUCAUCCAGAGACCUGGUUGCACCUACCCUGAGAAGCCUGACUUUGAGUAAAGCCGGCUAUUCAUUCUCUUUGGUGGCUGGCACCAGCUUUUAUUUACUUAUAUUAUAAUUAUUGAGAGAUUCUUGGAGUACGAUUCAUUGGAGGGAUUUGUACUGACCUCCAAUUCACCCAAGUACCCAACCUUAUUUUUCAUUUCACAAAGGAGAACAAGCCAGCUCUCAUUCAAUAAAUUGUAGGGCGUUGUAAUGUUGUAUGUUUUAAUGUUCAGUGGAGGCAUAUUUUGGAUAAUCUACACGAGGCUCUAUGUUCCUUGUCCAUUGCCUACUUUUAUCAUUCAAUUGCCUCCGUGAUUAUAAUAUUAUAUCAUACUGGUAACUAGUGCUACUAUACUAAAUGAGCCUGGUUCGAACUUGAGCAAGUGUGUCAAGUUCGAGACUUCGAGCUCAAUUUGAUAAUAAAAAACUCAUGAUAUAACGCGUCGAACUCCUUUGAUAACUUCACUUCAGCUUUUAACUUGGUGUCAUGCAAUUCCU